AUGCCACUGCAACUGCAUGCCUCCUGCCGCAGCAACCUGGUUGUGUGUGGCUUGUCGGGCAAGCGAUACUCCGGCGUGGCAGAGUUCCACGAGAUGCUGAAGCCACUACUACCUGCUGGGGUAGUGUUGAUUCCUCGCGACGGGCUGUGCUCACUGGAGGCCCUGCACCGCUACGUGAGGUGGGCGCCUGCAUGUUUCUUCAUCCGCAUCGAGGCUGCCCCCAACGUGCGGGAGGCAAACGGCUGGAGAAGCAAAUUUGGACCAGAAGACCUGGUUCGGGACGAGCAUUGGACAGAGGUGGGCUUAGAUGACUGGGAUGGUUGGGACGCUGUGGUGCAGCAUGAUGGAAACCAACAAACCCUGCUUCGAACUGCAGAGGACUUGGCUCCACGUAUCGCAGCGCUUUGCCAGACACCGGCACUGACGAAGCACCGACCUAUUCCGGAGACUUCUGUAAAGCGCACGGAGUUCACUACGCCCAUGCCGGACUGCAUGAAGUUCGGCGGAGCAGAAGCCUAUGUCCCCUCGCAGCCCAUCGCGCAUGCAGAGGCAAAGGUCGAAGGAGCAUCGGCUCGUGUCCAACAUGUUCGGGCAGAGCAAGUUCCAACUAGAGGCAGCCCGACACAGCCUGUGCAAAGACCCGAGAGCCCGGACAACCUCGAUGAACUCGACCAGCUGGAGGCAAAGCCGGCUGCAAGCAGCCCACCCGACGACCAUCCGCCAGCAGGAGACAGGCCCAAUGCUUGGUGCAGUGCGGCUUCCAGUUUCUCGAAUCUUGUAAGCUGCGAUCGUAACUGUGAAAAGUCGGAGAUGCGAUUGCAUCGAUGUGGUAAACAUGAAAGAAGGUAA